AUGAUGAGAAGUAACCAAACUACUAUGGUGACAGAGUUUUUCUUCUCUGGAUUUCCCCAGUUUGAAGAUGGUAGCCUCUUCUUCUUCAUUCUUUUGUUCAUCAUCUAUAUAUUCAUCAUUAUUGGAAAUCUCAUUGUGUUUUUUGCAGUUAGGAUGGACUCUCGUCUCCACAACCCCAUGUAUAAUUUCAUCAGCAUUUUCUCAUUUCUGGAGAUUUGGUACACAACUGCAACAAUCCCCAAAAUACUCUCCAAUCUUAUCAGUAAGCAGAGGACCAUCUCCAUGGUAGGCUGCCUCUUACAGAUGUACUUCUUUCAUUCCCUGGGAAAUUCAGAGGGGAUUUUGCUGACCACUAUGGCUAUUGAUAGGUAUGUUGCCAUUUGUAAUCCUCUCCGCUACCCAAUCAUUAUGACCCCUCGGCUGUGUGCUCAGCUCUCUGCAGGUUCCUGCAUCUUUGGCUUUCUUGUAUUGCUCCCCGAGAUUGCAUGGAUUUCCACGCUGCCCUUCUGUGGCCCCAACCAUAUCCAUCAGAUCUUCUGUGACUUUGAACCUGUGCUGCGUUUGGCCUGUACAGACACGUCCAUGAUUCUGAUUGAGGAUGUGAUCCAUGCUGUGGCCAUCAUCUUCUCUGUCUUGAUUAUUGCCAUUUCUUAUAUAAGAAUCAUCACUGUGAUCCUGAGGAUCCCUUCUGUUGAAGGUCGCCGGAAGGCUUUCUCUACCUGUGCAGCUCAUCUCGGUGUCUUUCUGAUGUUCUAUGGCAGUGUGUCCCUCAUGUACUUGCGUUUCUCAGCCACUUUCCCACCCAUUUUGGACACAGUCAUUGCACUCAUGUUUGCAGUCCUUGCUCCUUUUUUCAACCCUAUCAUCUACAGUUUGAGAAAUAAGGACAUGAAAAUAGCAAUUAAGAAGCUUUUCUGCCCUUAGAAGAUGUUUAUUGCAUUUGCAAGUUAA